UAGUAAAAACACCGUGCGCCGGUGAGCUGAGAUGAGAAAGACGCGUCCCUGCACCGUGUCCGUGUCGCUGACUGACCGUUCUGUUGACCCACACGUACGCCGAGGUGAAAUACAUAAGUUGUUUUUAACUGUUAUAUGAAAAAUACCAAGCCCAAAAUUAGAGAAACAUUUUUGGAUUAGGAAGGAGACCAACAUCAAAUCUCAAAAGAUGGACCCCUUGAAUGUCUUGACUGGCAAUUACACCUUGAAGUCGAAGACACCAUGCGAUCUGUCCUCCUGCACAAAACAGGAAGUUCUUGAGUAUUUUGAGAAUUCCUACAGCUUAAAUGAGAGUCUGUUUACGUCUGUGGCUGCCAAGGAGGCAUUUUACAUGUGUCCUGAUCGUCUGCGACUGCCACUCAUCUUUUACUACGCUCACACCGCCGUGGUCUACUGGAACAAGAUGCUACUGGCAGGCCUCGUACAGGGACGAAUGAACCCGGAGUUUGAGACCAUGUUCGAGACGGGAGUGGACGAACAAUCUUGGGAUGACACGGAGAAUUACCGCAUGGGGGGUGCCUUCAAGUGGCCGCCCUUGGAAGAAGUGGUGGAGUACCGGCGCAAGGUCCGCAACGCCAUACGCAAAGUAAUUGCAGAUACCAAGCUAGAGCUGCCAGUUACCAUGGAGAGUCCGUGGUGGGCCCUGUUUAUGGGUUUUGAGCAUGAGAGAAUCCACCUGGACACAUCCUCAGUUCUGAUCCAGCAGCUACCCAUCCACCUGCUACGCAAACCCCAGGACUGGCGAUCUGGACCAAUCACUUACGGCGAAGGUGCUGGAGAGAACAAGAUGGUGUCCGUGCCGGCGUGUGAAGUCACCGUCGGGAAACCUUUGGACUUCCCCUCCUAUGGAUGGGACAAUGAGUACCCAGAAUGCCAGAAAAUGGUGCCUGCAUUUGAGGCUUCGCAGUACUUGAUCACCAACCAGGAAUUUCUGGCCUUUGUUGAGAGCGGCUGUUAUGAGAAGAAGCAGUACUGGACCAAGGAGGGCUGGCAGUGGAGGAACUUUCGCAAGGUGAUGCACCCGAUAUUCUGGAUCUGUAACAAAGGUUGCCUGUCCAACUGCGGCGGGAUACUGGCCGGAUACAGCCACUGUCAGCAAGGAAUGAAUGGCACAGCCAAUGGCAACAACACCAGUAACGGCAACAACACCAGUAAUGGCAACAACACCAGCAACGGCAACAACACCAGUAAUGGCAACAUGACCAGCAAUGGCAACAACACCAGCAACGGCACCAAUGGCUUCACUAACGGCGAGCAACAUGCAAACAACAACGACGAGAGCCAGUUCAGGCUGCGCACACUCUGUGAAGAGAUCCCUAUGCCAUGGGACUGGCCUGUCGCCGUCAACUACCAUGAAGCCAAGGCCUACUGUAAGUGGAAGGGCCCCGAGUACCGUAUCAUGACGGAGGCUGAACAUGCUGCCAUCAGAGACAAACAGGUACCAGUCAAGUGUGGCACAUCUGCAGACAUCUUGUAUCACGGUGAUCUACAGGAGAAAUACAACACUAACUUGGCCUACACUACCAACACUCCUGUCAACCUGUACCCACCCACCAAGCGUGGUUUCUACGACGUUUUCGGUAACAGUUGGCAGUGGAUGGAGGAUCACUUCAACGGUCUACCAGGCAGCAUGUCGCAUCACCUGUAUGACGACUUCAGUACCCCUACCUUUGACGGAAGACAUAACGUGAUUUUGGGCGGAUGUUGGAUGUCUACAGGUGACGAGUCGUCUCGGUUUGCGCGAUACGCUUUCCGCAGACACUUCUACCAGCACGCGGGCUUUCGCAUCGUCCAGUCUGUGGAUCGCAGUGACACUCUUCCUAUUGCCCUGGUGUGUGGGCUCGAUGGUUCUACUGAAGAUGUCUGCCUGCCCGCGGGGACUAAAAUCGAUCCCCCCAUGCCCUCCACCAACACGCAGUUAGCUCAUGAAUCGGAUGCCGAGCUGAAGGCGCAACUCCUGGCGGAAUACGGAGCAGAGCAGGGCAGUCUGGCCAGCCAGCUGGCACAGGUCAGCCACCAGGCUCUGCAGGCUCAAGGCAGCAAUGCAACCAUGGCUCUGGACCUGCAGUGCGGCUGUGGCAGGCUCAGCUUUGAGUUGUCCAGAUUCAUGAAGGAGGUUCUGGCCAUCGACUACUGCCAGUCCUUCUUGACAGUAGCUGAAACCAUCCAAGACAAGGGCCGUUACCAGGCAGUGAUGCCUGAUGGGAAGACUCUUGCUGUUGAUCUGCCAGAGGGGGUGAACCAAUCCCGGGUCAACUUCAAACAGUUCACCUGGAUUCCCAACGAAAUCAUGAACUUUGACCUUGUGGUGAUGCAGGGCAUCGACCGGGUCAUGAACAAGAGAGGGGUAAGACAUGUUAUAACUGCCAUAAAACUUCUUCAACCCUGCAAGUCUAAACCUUAGUUGCUAAACAUAAAUAGGGCUUUCCUAAAUGAAACGCUAAACCGUCACUGCUUGUGGCCCUCAGUGUCAGGGAUGGUGAUUGGUCAGAAGCCGCUCAUGAAUAUUCAGAUUUGUAGUCUUUGUAACCAGGGGAGUAGCCAAGUGUUUUACACAAAUUCCCCUUUGAAAUUUCCACACACACAAAAAUGAAGGAAAAAUCAAUUAAAUUUUCAAAUUUAGAUUAAUGAAAACAACAUUUUCAAGGAAUUAAUCUCAUUUGAGAUGUUCAGAUCUUGAAGAGACUACUGAUGUUGCCUCGCCUCGGGUUUUGUGCAAAGAUAGCUGUCGAUCCUCAAUUCGGCCAAAAGCCAUCCAUGUUCGUCUUUUUUCAUUCUCAAGUUGAGUAAAAAACAAAUCACCGGUAACCAUCCCUGAACUGAGUGUCAGAGCAUUAAACUUAUCCGGAGAAGUUGGUUGGACUACCAGCUGUUCAUCCCUGCAAGUCUAAACUGAACCUAAACUUGACGCUAAACCUAAAUAUUUUUGAAAGCGUAAGUAUCCCUUCUAUCUGGCUGUUAUCCCCCCAAUAAAAUGAAACCACUCAUAUUUGCAUUAUUUUGGUCAUUCAGACUUCUUUUUUUAUUGGAUUUCUUUUUCCAAUUUGUUAUUUGUGAAUAAAUCAUCCCUGUCAUCCUGAUUUUCUUUUAUUUCUUCCUCGAAUUACUUUCCCACAAUUUAUCUGGACUGUCUAUAAAACCUUUUUAUUUUCAUUUAUAACUUUGUCUUCCUUUUGUGAGGCCUUUUCCCUUGGUCUUGUCCCUCCUCUGUCUCUAGUUAUAGUUCAUCCUCCCUGCCCUAAACCCCUCCCCAGCCCCUCUGCCAGCCCCUACCCUCAUCCAUUCAACCCUACCCCAAACCCCACUCCCAACCCCUGCCCAAACCGGUCUGGAAAAUAAAUCUUAAUUGACUUACCUAUCACUCCCAAAAAAAAUCCAAUCCUGAAAUCUUAAGAAAAAUCACCCAUUAGGAUGCCAGAUACAAGGGGUUCUUACACCCACAACGACACCACAACACCUCGGUUACAACAGGAUCUGACGGAAAGGAAGGAAACUUCAUAGUGGUGUACGUUGUGGGUUUUUUUUUAACCUAAAUGAUGGAUCAGUUAACGCCAUGCCAACUUGCCCCGAAUAGUUUAAAACUUAAGCUUUCUUAAAAUAUGGACAUUUGAAAAUACCUAUUCCGGGUUUGGAAAUAUCUUCCAAAUUGCCUUGGAAAUGUAGCACCAAAGGAAUAUUUAGUGUCAAUGUGAGAACUACUCUGUCGAUUUGAUUUUAUGUCUUAAUUUGCAUAAGUGAUUCUAGCUUUUGGUGGUUUUUUUUUUUAGAUUUCCAACAUGAAAAUUCAAAUUUUUCCAAAAAUUGUGCUGAAAUGUAGAGAACUGCCAUUCAUCACGGAAAGAUGUACCAAAACCAAAGUUCACAAACACGGCAUGCAUUUAUUAAUUGGCACCAGCAUUGACUGAUCCUAAGAUAUAAUCUAAACAUUUAGUUAAACUAAACUUAAAACAUAAAAUUGGUGUGCUCUCCAGGUAGAAGGUAAGCGGCUUUUGUCUCCUAUUCCGAGAUCUGCCCUUUCCUUUGGCUCAGAUUUUUAAGAUUGAAAGUUCUGUCCCCAGUUGGGGGCAUAAUGUCAUAUUCAUUCCAGCCGUGAACGAAUGCCUGUCAUUCUACUCAUCAUCUCCCCCCAAAAAAUGCUUUAAAUUCCUAACAAUUGUUGAUUCAUGAUUGUUGCUUUUGAAAUUGACGCUUUGCCAAUUUUCUAACACUUUUCUUUCCAGUUUACAGGCGUAUUUGUGCUUCAGGGAAAUGCCUUUUCAUAGACGGAUGUGCUUGCUUGUUAUUUUGCUUUCACCUUUUUUUUUUUUUUUUGAGAUUUGUGCAUGGACCUUUUGGAAAUUAGACAGCAAAUACACUUGUAUUUGCAAAUUUGCAUAUAUUUUUUUAAUUUAUAUUUAUAUUUUUGAAUUUUCGGGGUAUUAGCUUUAAUUAGUUAUCGAAACCAACGUGAUCAAGUUUGGAUCUCGGAAGUGAAAUGAGGUCAUUGGCACAUACCAUCAGUUUCCUCUGUUUAAAAGCAGUGCCAUGUUAACAUACACCUGGUGUCACAUUCAGCAUACGUAAGAAAUUACAAAAGUCCCUGCACUCGAGAACAUGUUUACCACGAAAUGUUAAUUGUUGGAAAGAUCGUUAAAAAGUAAAAUAUAAACAUUCACCUGGGGAAUUUGCUGAUUUUGUGUAAUUACGUCACAAAGGAAAUUUGGGGGAAAAAACGUUGCUCCUAAAAGAAAAAAUGAGCCGUUGGAGUGCUAGUCAUCAUUUUGGUCAAAUAAAUUUCAUUUCAAACUGUUCUUCGAGCACAUGUGCAGAUAGGAUCGUCACGUGUAUCAUUUUGAUUCUAGUGUGGGACCUGAUAUCUCUCAGUGGGUUGUCGCAUGCAUUUUGUGUGCGGCACCAGUCUAUUUUUGACAGUGGCUCAAAAUUAUAUGCUUGAAAGUUGAAACUACAUAUGGACAAGGCCAAAAACAUCUGCCACUUCAGAUGUUAUUUGUAAACAGACAAGAUUUUCCAACAGUUACUGCAUAAUCAUAAGAUUUAAGACAUACAUGUGGAUACAUUUCCAAUUCCCUAAACCUUUGAAUUACGACAAUCUAAAACGCGAAAUCUGGCUGAAUAAUUUCGUUGACCACGGUGACUUUGCAAUGUAUUUUGUGGUACCAAGAUGCCAGACUUGAUCAUAGAAUUCAGCUUGUGUGCAUGACUGCUUUUCAACCAGCUUGAUCUGAUCUAUGAUCUGAUUGACUACAGCUAGGUUACCUUUCAAAGGAUUUAUGCCAAGUCAGUGAGGAAGGCUUAUGUACGCCUAGGACUAGCCCAAACCACAAGGUUUUAGGAUUUUUGGAGCUAAGUAGUGGUUGAUUCAAUCUCAUUCAGUUCCACAACCUUCAUGUACUAAAAUGUAUAACACAUAAGUGUUGAUAUGUUUAAAGGGGCUGUUUGUAUAGAUUGAGUUUUUAAUCAGGGGUAUUAAAAUGGGGGGGGGGGGGGGUUGUAGGUUAAGUGUUUAUUUCUCACCAAGUAUGAGAUUUUUCAAAUUUUGUCUGAAAUCAGACUGAGAGACAGUA